GUUCCAGAGCACAUGCAUGUUGUCAGGACUAGCCUGCGCGGCUCCCUGUGCUCUGGGGCUCCCUUGUGCCUGCUGGGGUUGUCACCUUGCCAUUGCCUGGGGUGUCUCCCCCACGUCGCGAAGUCAGAAAAGUUGCGGUCUAUCACACCAAAAAGGAGGCUGGGCUUUCCGGGAGUGAUUGCGAGACCCUGAUUGCAGAGAAGUCGCUCCUAGAAAAGUGAACUAUGACUAAAGGCAAUGGUGAAGAGCCCCGGGUGGGGGGCAGGAUGGAGAGGUUCCAGCAAGGAGUCCGCCAACGCACCCUUCUGGCCAAGAAGAAAGUGCAGAACAUCACAAAGGAGGACGUGAAGAGUUACCUGCUUCGGAAUGCUUUUGUGCUGCUCACCGUCACCGCUGUCAUUGUGGGUACAAUCCUUGGAUUUAGCCUCCGACCAUACAAAAUGAGCUAUCGGGAGGUGAAGUACUUCUCCUUUCCCGGGGAGCUUCUGAUGCGGAUGUUGCAAAUGCUGGUCUUGCCACUCAUCAUCUCCAGUCUUGUCACAGGAAUGGCGGCCCUAGAUAGUAAGGCGUCAGGGAAGAUGGGCAUGCGAGCUGUAGUCUAUUACAUGACUACCACCAUCGUUGCCGUGGUGAUUGGCAUAAUCAUUGUCAUCAUCAUCCAUCCUGGGAAGGGCACAAAGGAAAACAUGCACAGAGAAGGCAAAAUCGUACAAGUGACAGCUGCGGAUGCCUUCCUGGACUUGAUCAGGAACAUGUUCCCUCCAAAUCUGGUGGAAGCUUGCUUCAAACAGUUUAAGACCAACUAUGAGAAGAGAAGCUUUAAAGUGCCCAUCCAGGCCAAUGAAACGCUCGUGGGUGCUGUGAUAAACAAUGUGUCAGAAGCCAUGGAGGCGCUCACGCGGAUCACAGAGGAGCUGGUUCCGGUUCCGGGAUCUGUGAAUGGGGUCAAUGCCCUUGGCCUAGUUGUCUUCUCCAUGUGCUUCGGUUUUGUGAUUGGAAACAUGAAGGAGCAGGGACAAGCCCUGAGAGAUUUCUUUGAUUCUCUUAACGAAGCCAUCAUGAGAUUAGUGGCAGUGAUAAUGUGGUAUGCCCCUCUGGGCAUUCUCUUCCUGAUUGCAGGGAAAAUUGUUGAGAUGGAAGACAUGGGUGUGAUUGGGGGGCAGCUGGCCAUGUACACAGUGACAGUCAUCAUUGGCCUGCUCAUCCACGCCGUCAUUGUCCUGCCACUCCUCUAUUUCCUGGUGACACGGAAGAACCCUUGGGUUUUCAUUGGAGGGUUGCUGCAAGCCCUUAUCACAGCUCUGGGGACCUCUUCAAGUUCUGCCACCCUACCCAUCACGUUCAAGUGCCUGGAAGAGAAUAAUGGCGUGGACAAGCGCGUCACCCGCUUCGUGCUGCCUGUGGGGGCCACCAUUAACAUGGACGGGACUGCGCUCUACGAGGCACUGGCUGCCAUCUUCAUCGCUCAAGUUAACAACUUUGAUCUGAACUUUGGACAGAUUAUUACAAUCAGCAUCACGGCCACGGCCGCGAGCAUUGGAGCAGCUGGGAUUCCUCAGGCAGGCCUGGUCACCAUGGUCAUUGUGCUUACAUCCGUGGGCCUGCCCACUGACGACAUCACGCUCAUCAUUGCCGUGGACUGGUUCCUGGACCGUCUCCGAACCACCACCAACGUGCUAGGCGACUCCCUGGGAGCCGGCAUCGUCGAGCACUUGUCACGGCACGAACUAAAGAACCGAGAUGUCGAAAUGGGUAACUCGGUGAUCGAAGAGAAUGAAAUGAAGAAACCAUAUCAACUGAUUGCCCAGGACAGUGAAACCGAGAAAACCAUCGACAGUGAAACCAAGAUGUAAACAAAGAACUGCCUUCGUGAGCACCAGGUGUUGGAAAGCCGUCAUGACAUGCGUCCAUCUCCUUAUAGCCCGUUCUCACAGACCCCUUUUCCUCUCUGUUCUGAUAGGAUUGGAAACUACUUAUCCAAGCACAAGGGAGGAUUUUGCAGUGGUCAAAAUGUGAAGUUUUCACCUACAUUUAAAAUGUUUAAAUCAUGUUCGUCUUACCUGCUAAGGUACUCAGAUCAAAAAAAUAAUCUUGAUCAAAUCUUAUGAGUUUAUGUGGCACUUAACCCCAUAAACUUAUUUUCAGUAAGUUAAAAUCAAAUUUAAACCAACUGUGGUCGGGUCCCUUGGAACCCAAAUGAGUUAGUCUCAAGACUAAGCAACUGGAUGAGCUACAAUCAGUUAUCAGUUGGACAGAAGGGUUUUUUCCCUUUCUCUUCUGACUGUGUCCUUAUUUUGUUAGUAGCACGACAAUAGCACAGCUGUGGAGAGGGGCAGAAAAUGAGGUUUCUGGGCGGCCUUGCAGUCACAUCUCAUCUCCAGACCUCAGUGUCCCCAUCUGUAAAAUGAGUGACUGCCCCCGAUAUCCCAUAAUCAAUCUUCCAGGCCAGACAUUCUGUGACAUUGAAGAGCCUGCCCUCUGUUCUCCCCGCACCACAUACACUUUGUACCAGUUCCAUGCCAUGGACCACACUUUCAGAAAUGACUAGGGGCAGGAUGGCUGUUCACUGGGCUCAUGUCCGAAAUACCAUUUAUGUAAGUCACUAGGUGCGAGGAGUGGAAUUAUUCCCGAGAUCCUCUGCCCAGUUCUUCCCAGUAGGAAAAAUAAUGUGAGCUUUCCAUCCUUCCCAAUCUGAAUGGAUUGACUGCUCUGGGAAAAAAUGUCCCCUAUCGCUCAAUUGACAGUUAGAAAAUAAAGCAGAAGACUAGCAAGGGGGCCCACGGUCUUACUCUGGAACAUCGAAGAAAAAGAAUGGACUUCAGCUGACAUUAAAACACCAGGAAUGGAGGCCUUAGAAAGAUUUAAACAGCAGAGUUUAGAGUUUCCUUUUUUUUUUUUUUAAACCUGAAAUACUACUUCUCAGUUUAAAAUCAUUUCCCCACAGAAGUCUAGGUACCAAAACAUAAGCUCACUUCUAUACUUUAAAGAAGUCAGAUAACAGAGGUCCAUUGGUCUCUUAUCUGAAAAUGUUUUUUACUUUAAUUAAAGUUAGUAGGAUGAAAGAAGACAUCUGUGUUGGAAUUCCACUUACCAAAUCAUUCAAAACUUUCAGCUGGAGUGCAGUGUGCUUCUGUUUUGUGUCCCUAAGAGAAAUGGAAGAAGAUGACUCCGUACAGUGAGUGCAGGGAAUUACAGCAGGGGCACCAGUUUCAGGUGAGGCAGCUAUCAGGGUGGGAGGAGAAUAAUUUUUACCCCCUAAGGAAUAUCCAGUCCAAGACACUCAGUGGGAGCUGUCAGACGAUGCCAGAUGCAUCUGCGUUUGACUGAAAAUGGUGAAGAAUGGACUUCAUUAUGCUAACAGACUGAAAAUCUAGACAUACGUCCUCUGAUAUACAAUUAGAUUUUUAUGUAGAUCCUGAAUGUUAUGUGCACAGAAAACCUAACAUUAGGCUACAAUGGAGUAACCAUUUAAUGUCAAGGCUCUAUUUGGGAAAUACACUACAAAAGUUAAUGUACAUGGUUGCCAUGACACUAGUGGAGCAAAAAUUAAUCAUGUCAAGUUAAUUGUUACAUGGUGUGUUUUUAUAUAUAUAUAUAUAUAUACACUAACCAUUUCAUAUGGAAAGCAGGUCCCCUAGGGUAACUCACCAUCCCAGCACAGGCUCUGCAUACGUGUGCACCCAGUAUGGACUGGGCAGCAUUACUUUGUAGAAAUAUUUCCAAUUAAAAAGAAAAAUAG